GAGGCGGGCCGGAGAGGAGAGAGAGAGGUCUUGCCUCUUGUGUUGCUGAGGCUCUUUGAUUCAGUGGCAGUGGCUGAGACAACCCCGUUACCGGCCACCGUUAACCCGUGCAACUACGAGACUCGAUCCUACUCAAGAUCAACUGCUCAUGGUGAAGAAAAAGCAGAUUUCCCUGGAGGACAUCGAGUCUUUCUCGCGUCUCUGCAGCCAAAAUCAAAGAAGACGUCUGUCCUGUAAGAAAACAAGCUCUUUACUGGAUGACAACAAAGUCUGAAGAUGCACUGUGUGUCCGGUGAGCGCAAGAGCUGCCAGUCAGAGUCCGUGAGUGAAAGCUUGGCACGUAAAGGAGUACCUGAGAUGAAGAAACCCGCAAGAAGCUCCACUCGGUAAGAAGUGGGAGAGUGAUAUUGAGAGAGAGAGAGCAGACAGAAGAGAGUGGGGGCCAAAGAACAAACACCAGCGCGUCCUCAAAUGAUGGGGAUAAAGCACCUUCUGCUUCUUUUGAUUUACUUAGACCCACUGAAUGUCCUGUGCGCCGCCACCACCAACAAAAAGAGCAAAACCCCGCAGAGGAGGAACCCAAAGGUGAAGGAGGUCAACGGCAGCACCACUGCGGUCCCGGUGGUCGCGGCCGUCCCGGGGAGGAUCACCCAGGUCCAGGCUCCCUCGGUCGGCGUCGUCCAGCACGACACCUGCCUGGGCUACUACGACGUGAGCGGUCAGUACGACAAAGAGUUCGCCUGUAACAACACCGACCACCGGUUCUGCUGCGGCAGCUGCUUCCUGCGCUUCUGCUGCGCGGACCGGGGGAAGCGGCUGGAGCAGAAGAGCUGCACGAACUACAACACGCCGGACUGGAUCAAAACCCAGCCCCCUUCACCGGCACCAACAGGUGAUACGUAUGACCCAGAGCUGGACCAGACCAACACCACAGUGUACAUCACCUGCGGGGUCAUAGCGCUCAUCAUUGCCAUUGGGAUUUCUGCUAAAGUUGCCUAUGAUAAAGCCACCAAGCCUCCUCAGGAAAUGAAUGUGCACAGAGCCCUGGCAGAUAUUCUGAGGCAACAAGGACCAGUCCCAAUAUCUCAGUAUGAACAUGAAAACAUUGCAGCGAUUGAUGGGUCACCCAAAGACGAGACUCCAGUCAGAACCUCGAAGAACCAUUACACACCUGUUCACACCAACCAUGGGCACUAUGGGAAAGAGACCCUGCGCAGUGGAGGCCAAGACAUCCACAACUUCAUCUCCUCUGGGUUUGUGACACUCGGACGUGGCCACUUGAAAGCGCAGCACUCCAUAGAUGAAUCAGGGCAGAUGUCCUGGCAGGGCGAUCUGGACAUCCCCAUCUCCUACGGAAACCACCACCACGACUAUCAGCACAGCCACCUGGACCUGACCGCGCUCACUCCUAAACUGGCCCACAGACAAAUGAGAUACGAGAGACCCCAGCGGAUGAACAACAUCCUGACCUCAGCCACGGAGCCCUACGACCUGUCCCUGUCCAGGUCCUUCCAGAACCUCAGCCAUCUGCCGCCCUCCUACGAGCUGGCCCUCAAGUCUGACUUAAGUGAUAAGGACAUAGAUGAGUACUACACAAGGAAGCAUCAUCAUCCUGAUUUCGGAGGCCGGGGACCGACCCACAUGGUGAAGCUGAAUGCAGAUCCCCAGCAUCACCAACAGCACCAACAGCACCAGCAGCACCAGCAGCACCAGCAGCGACAGCGUCCCCGCCGAGUCCAGAGAGCCAUGUCCCAGGACCACGUCCUGUCUCCUCCCAGGACACCGCGUCGCGGAGACUACGGCUUAUCUUCUUAUGGCGUCAUGGCAGCUGCCGCCUACGGGAGCAGCCGCCACCUCUCAGAGGAGCAGCUACUGUCAGCGGACCGCCUCCACUCCCAGGAUCCCUUGCUAUCCCCGGCAAUGAGGCGUGACAAGUUCCGGGAGAAGGCGAUGGCACGAGCGAUGUCUCACGCCGACAUGCUGAUGCCAACCACGCCUGUCAUGGACCGCCACAAGAUGACCAAGAUGCACUCUCAGCCCAGUGCCUCUAACGACUCCUACAACACGCUGACGGUCAACCACCACGUGACCACGUCUAAGAGGCAGGCGUUUGCCUCCCGACGAACACACACGGUGGACCACCUACAGUACAUUCCCGGCCAUCACCACACAUACCGCACUGCCAGUAAGAACGAGGUAACUGUUUAACCGCAGAGUAGAAGGAUUCCCGAGACACACCAUGGACUGUCUUCUCAUUAAAACAACCUCCUGCAUUAAAACUUCCUGCUUUUUAGCACAAGCUUCCUGUGUCAUCCAGAUUUUGGGGUAACUAGAAUUAACCCUGGCAAAGACAUUUCUCUCUUAGAGCAUCAUAAGGGCUUUGAGCACUGACACAAAGAGGGAUCCUUCAUGUCAGACAUUUGACAGCAUGAAGAAAAUAUUUUUUAAACUGGACAUCGGACUGGAAGGGAAUUGUAUCAACUUUAUAAAUAUAUAAAUAUACUAUAUUUACGAUUUGUAUUUUCAGUCCUUGUUAUAGCUUUAGAGAUUCUCAUUGACUGAUGUAAGCACUUCAAGUGGUGCCUCUUAAAAUUGUCCCAUUUCAGUGAUGAAGUGGAUUUGUGGGUUAAAAAGCACAAUUAAUGAAUUCCCUUGUUUUUUUGGUUAAUUUUAAUCUUCUUCUUUGGUAAAUGGCCAGAACAUAUCAGCUUAUUAGUGAAAACAGAGGCUAUUUCUGUUGCAUACAAUAGAUGAUUGUAAAUAGGCUAUAUUAGCAGCAUUAAAACAAGAAAAGCUGGCCUUUUGGCGUUAUUGUUUUGUUUUUUCUUCUCCCACCUGGAAUCUAUCAUGGAUUCACAAUUAAUAAUUUUAAUUUUAGAUAAGGCAAAGAUCCCAGAUUAAUAUAUUAUUUCCACAGAUGUCUGCGAAAUAUGUGGAUCUAAUAUGUAUAAGGGGAAUAUUUUUUUCUUUUUUCAACUGUGCUUGUAGCAUAGAAUGAUUGUGUAUGAAACAACCUUUCACCACUGUUGAUUGGCAGCUUAAUUUCCGUUCACACAUUUCCUCGCUUUGUCAUCCAUGUGAUGACCCUCCCCCACCCAACCUUCCCCUGGUUUGUGAUUGGCCAGCUGCUUCCAUCUCUACAUAUCAGGUACUCUGUGUCAGAACUAAGGAGUGUAUAGGUCCAGUUGUAGUUUUGUGUCGAUGUGAUGAUUGAAACAAUCAAAACUAAAGAGGACGUCAUAAUCGCUAGUGAGUCAAGCAUUAAUUAAAACUGUGAACUGUUAGUCCAGAUGUUUUCAUCAAAGCAAUGCCUUAUUGUAUGGAAUCCCAUAUGCUCUUAAUUGCAACAAUCAUGCUUUUGACACGUCUUCUUGUCUUUGCUUUUUUGUGCAAUAUUACUGAUUAUAAUUUACCAGCAGAACCAGCAGUAAAAACCUGUACAGUUAUAGAUGAUACAGUACAUAUACCUCAAAAAGACUAAAUUCAAUUGAAGAAGUCGCAAACUUUAAAAGGAAAACAAUCAAAAGGUACAUCGUAUUCUUAUUGGAUUUGGUUCAACUAUUCGCAUGAUCUGAAUUAGCAUUGUUUAAGGUUCAUGGGCUCUUAAGUAUGUGUACAGUGCUUUUGUUUUCAGCUAUUCAGACAAAUGAAUUGGAGAGUAUAAGUCUUCACAGGUUCACUUGUAAUUAAGAACCAAUCCGGUGCGUGAUUGGACAGGAUCCAAAUUAUAUUCAGUCUAAUCAGGUUGGGUAGAGUCUUGUUAUAUUGCCCCAAGUCUUGGUUUUGUGUCAAUGUGUAAUACCUGAUCGGCUCCAAAAGGACUCCCUAUCAGCUACAAUGCCACCAUGUGUUACAAUCAUGUUCUGGGAAAAACACAUUUGUCCGAGUAAGAUAUGUAAAUCUGAUGGAUAGUGUGAACUAUUAAGUGCAGGAAAAAUGUCAAGUAGCACUGCUCUUUUCAAACAACUUCAAGUUAAUUGGCAGCAUUAUGCUCCUGCCAGACAUAGUUUAGAAGAUCAGAAGUAAGUCUCAAGUCUUGGCUAUGAAGUCCUGUCUCAAAUCCUUUGAGACAAAUCCAAAUCAAGACAAAUAAGUUCAAAAUCAAGACCCAAGUCGAGAUAAUUCAGGCCCAAGUCCCAACUCCAGACAAAUUAGUCACAAGUCCAUACAAGUCAGUUCCAAGUCCAGACAAAUCAGUCCUAAGUCCAGACAAAUCAGUCCCAGGUCAAGUUCCAAGUCCAGACAAAUCAGUCAAGAGUCAAGACAAUUCAGUCCCAACUCAAGAUAAUUAAGUGCUAGGUCGAGUUCCAAGUCUAGACAAAUCAUUCCCAAGUCAAAUCCCAAGUCAAGUCAAGACAACAAAGUCUUAAGUGAAGACAAAUCAGUCCCAAGUUCCUGACCAAGACUACAAAGCCACAAGUUGUGAAAAGUUAAUUCUAAAGUCAAGUUCCAAGUUAAUACAAUGAAGACCCAAGUUUUUUUUUUAUUGAUUUGUCCGUUUAAGGUAGUUCCAUUUCCAAUUGUGUCCAAAAUUUUGGACCCUGAAGACCUCUGCUGAAGAGUCCAAAGGCCUUCACAAUACAGUAUAUGUUUAUUGUCAGACUGUUUGAGGGUGAAAAUCAGUCUUUAGUAGGAAAAUCUUUGUAUUUCUGUAGACUUGCACUGUUCAUUCAGAAAAUGCCAAGAAUAAUGACGUUGUGGUUAUCUGUCAGUGAAAACAUCAGAUUGAUUAUUGUACAAGUAAAACAUAAAGAACGUUGCUGUUUCUUCAGAUAUUUCAAGUUGUAGGCUACUGUAUAUAAAAACUUGAACAAUGUUAUUUGUGAUUGGAACUGUCUCAUUUCAAUUGCAGGAAAGCAAUGUCUCAUUACACAUAAAUCUAUGAUUUUGUUGAAAUACACUCAUGUAAUGUUGCGUGUUUUUCUUCAAUUGACUGUCUUAUUUUUUAAUUAAAUAAACUAUGAUUUAUUGACAGUGUAGGGAUGUGGAAAGUUGGCCAAAUGUAUCUUCAACAAAUUCAUUUCUUUAACUUGAUGUGCUACUUUUUUAUGCCAGGUCUGCAUUAAAUGAUGUCAAUCAGAGGUUGUUUUUUUUUUUCUUCUAAAAUUAUUGUCUUUGUACAUAUUAUAUGAUUUUUUUUUCCUUUUUCUUGGAGAGUGCUUGCAAGGCAAUGAAGUACAUUCGAUAGCUAUGGGUGAGGGAGGGUGUUUAUUGGUUAGACUUCCUCAAACAAGUAUCUGUACCCCCACCUCACUCAACUAAUCACAAACAUCUUCCCCUUCUUUUCACUUAAUUAAUAAUGAUGUCAUCCCAAGAGCCUUUUCUCUAUGUGCAAUAUUUCCUGUUCAUGCAGUAUAACUCUAUAGCCACUUACUCUCCUUUAAAUGUUGUGAGAUUCAUUUGCUGCCAUAAAGGCUUUGUUGUCCUUUUUCAUUUAGGACUGUAUUUGUCCUUCAUAGUCAAAGAGGAGGUUUUUUUUUAAUAUAAUACAGCUAAAUGUAGUAUGAAUGAAAAUGGUGUCUGUGUAAUUGCACAAAUAACUGGAGACUAAUUUAAAGGUUUCAGAACAACAAAAUACGACUGUUCUUGUGCAUUUUAUUUGUUUACAAACCAUUAAAGCACAUCAUGUGUGUUGUAUACAUCAAUUUAA